AAAGAAGAAUUAAGCCCAGGCACAUGCACUGAAGAAGAUGCAGUGCAUGCAGUGGCCAUCCCGCGAAGCUGAUCACCCGGUCCUGUGAUGCCGUAUAUGUCGUCGCACCGUCCAAGGUGACGACAGGAUGGCAAGGGAUGAAUAUUGGAAAAAAUCGUCUUUUCCGAUGGCUGCUCCGAGGCACGACAGCGGAAAACUAAUCACAAACGACUGGGUCAUCUGGGACUUCCGACUCCGUCAAGAGGAACCCGGCCGAUUGAUCGCGAGUCCAUACUUUAGGGGAGGACUGGCCUCCUGCAGAGCCACUUGGCAAGUGCACAUCUACCCAAAAGGACGGGACGAAAAAUGUUGCCGGUACCUUUCCAUCUACCUCACCCUCGAGAAAAGUACCGUGCGUUCUAUCCGUGCAUCCUUCGCUUUUAGCUGUUUGAAAUUCCAUACAAUAGUUGGACGGCGGCUGCGCUCGAGAUACCCGCACAUUUUUCAAGUGGGAUCCAGCUUCGGAUUCCGCAAGUUCGUGCCCCUCUCGCUGAUCACUGCGCCAGGGUCGGAGUUCCUGCCCAGAGGGAAUCUUACAAUUCACACCGAGGUCACGCUCUUCGAGGAGGAUAUGGACGCAGUCGACUUCCACGCCGCACAGCUAUCGCGGGACCUUGGGCAAUUCGUCGACGACCCUCUCCUAUCGGAUGUGACAUUCCUUGUCGACGGCACAGAAUUCAAAGCGCACAAAAUUUUGCUAACAGCCAGGUCCCCAGCGCUGGCUGCCCUGUUACGUUACAGCGACGAUAACAAAAUAGCUAUCUCCGAUAUUAGCCCGGAUGUCUUUCGAGAGCUUCUGUGCUUCAUCUACACUGGUAAAGUUCCAAAUAUAGACGAUGUCGCCGAUAAGCUUCUUGUCGCGGCCGAUAAGUACCUGCUUCAUGAUUUGCGGGUCAUGUGCGAAAAAUCGCUGUACAAUCAGUUAUCUGUAGAAAACGCGGCGGAUACACUGUUGCUGGCAUAUCACUGCGGAGUUGGGGGUCACCUUAAAUCGGCUGUAAUUGGUUAUGUUCUAAGUAACUGCGAAGAAGUAAUGAACACUGAAGGUUGGAAUAACCUCGUCAUGUCUGCCGAAUACGAGGCCCUUGUCACGGAAAUUGACGAAAGGCUUCAGGGACAAGUGACGACGUCAUGCAGCGCCGAACCACCUCCGAGGAAAAAGUUCAAGGGUGAAUGAGAGAAGCUACCAAUUGCAGACAUAUAUAGACUGACAAGACACCGCUGCAUCAAGUCAACGGAAUAGAGAGCUUCAACAAUGGAAUGAAUAAAAUUAAUCGAAUGUA